CACUAACAAAGUAUAUUUUCUCGGAUGAAUGCUAUGUUCUCACCCCUGGACCACCCUGCGAGAACAGCUGACCGAAGUUUGUUUGACAGUUGCUAGACUAUGUUUCCACUUCUGAUCGUACUCAGCCAGCUGCCCAGACUUACCCUCGCAGUUCCUCAUUGUAUCAGAAGCCUAAAGGAUUCCGAACAUGCCCCAGAAGAAGUCUUUGCAUCAAAAGCAGCAGCAAACAUCUUUAUGAGCCGCCGCCUCCUGAACAAUAGAUUUGAUUUAGAACUCUUCACUCCUGGGGACCUGGAGAGAGAGUGCUAUGAAGAGUUCUGUAGUUAUGAAGAAGCCAGAGAGAUUUGGGGGGAUGAUGAAAAUACGAUCAAAUUUUGGCAGACUUAUUCAAUUAAAGGACCAACCACAGGAUCAGAUGUUAACAAAGAGAAAAUUGAUGUUAUGAGCCUUCUGACUGGAUUGAUUGUUGCUGGAGUAUUCUUGGUUAUUUUUGGCUUACUUGGCUACUAUGUAUGUCUCACCAAGUGUAAAAGGCGGCCAUAUCCAAGCUCUUCAGCCAACUACACAAGAAGGGCCAGAUACACACCCUCCAUUGUUUUCAGAAGCCCUGAGGAAGCUGUCUUAUCUCCAUCAACAUCUUCAGAGGAUGCAGGACUACCUUCCUAUGAACAGGCAGUAGCACUGACCAGAAAGCACAGUGUCUCACCACCACCUCCCUAUCCUGGGCCUGCAAAAGGAUUUAGGGUAUUUAAAAAGUCCAUGUCACUCCCAUCUCACUAAGCCUACCUGGCUGCCUUGCUGGAAGACAUUCAUUCGUGUGGUUGAAUAAUUUGUUCUCCCUGGGGGCGGAAAAAAAAAGAUGUGCUUGUUCAGCUUCUUAUGACACAUUGCAAGGAAUAAAGGAAUGAUGCAUACAGAAGAGAGUUCACCACAGCUCUGCUUUCGUCUUGGACUUGAGCUGGAUCACUAUCAUCUUGGUAAGAAACUUCAACUCCAUUACCUUGAAGUUAAGAAGAAAGUGCCUUUUGCAAUGUAUACUGAACUGGUUCAAAAGUCUUUGCUGUAGCUGGAUAAUGUGGUGUGUGCCUACAAACACUCAGGAGGCUUCGAGGGGAGGGAUGAGAGUGCAAGGCCCUGGGCUCUGUCAAGACCCUGUCUGAAAACACAGUUUGUUAUUAGUAGAAUAAUUAGAAUUAGCCAACCAGGAACUGUUAAUCUUAGAUCAUGAGAUUGGGUCUUCUCUUUAGGAUUUCUUUUUGGCUGAAAAUACUUCAUGGAAUUUGAUGCUUUGCUGUAAACCUGUGGCCUUGAUAUAAUCACUUGGUUUCCUGUUCUAAUUAGUGCAGAGCAUUCAGCAAAUGUGCAGGUCUUAGUUUUUCACUAUCGAUCACAGUUCAAUGGUGUCAGAGGGUUUGUUUCUUUUUGUUUUUUUAAAUUCAUGGAUUAAGGGGAUGCUUCACUUGGAAAGUGCUGGUCAUACAAAUAGAAGGACCUGAGUUCAAUCCUCAAUACUCAUGUUUGAAACAAACAAACCAACAACAAACAACAAAGUGAGCAAACAAACAAAACAAAUUUGAGUACUUGGGUGCACACCUGUAAUCUCAGCACUGUGGGGAGGACUCAGGAGGACCCCUGAGCCUGGUGGCUAGUCACAGGAGCUGAACCAGGAACCUCUAAAUUUAGUCUUAAAACUUAAGAUAGCGAGGUGGGUGAAUGCCUUUAAUCCUGGCACUUGAGAGAUCUCUCUGUGAGUUCAAGGUCAGCCUAUUCUACAUUUUGAGUUCUGGGACAGCUACAAAGCCUGUCUGAGAAAAAACAAACAAACAAAAAGCAAAAAACAAGACUGCGAGGUAGGGGUAUAUGUCUUUGAUCACAGCACUCAGAAGGCAGAGGCAGAAGGAUCUCUGAGUUCGAAGCCACCUUGGUCUAUAGAGCUAGUUCCA